UGUCUUCAGUGCGGCAGCUGGUAGCUUGAGCAAAGCCAUCAUGGUGAACGAAUGCAACCUCAACGACGUCCUGGUGCGUCCGAACACUUACGACCCGGAAGCCGAUGGUGACAAGACCACCACCACCACCCCUACCACUUGGUCAGCGGAUACCGCGAUGUUGGGCCAAUUGAGGGAUGGCGCCACCGCUCGCGACACCCCGUCGGAAGUCUCGACGGACGGAUCGGGGGAGGUGCGGCGCGCGAAGUGGGGCCACAGUAUCGAGUUCCUGCUGUCCUGUGUGGCGCUUUCGGUGGGAUUUGGCAACGUGUGGCGCUUCCCGCAAGUUGCGAUGCAAAACGGUGGCGGAGCCUUUAUGAUACCGUACCUGAUUGUCCUGUUUCUGGUCGGGCGGCCUCUGUACUACCUGGAGAUGGUGAUGGGUCAGUUCUCGAGCCGCGGCUGCGUGAAAGUGUACGAUAUGUCACCACUGAUGCGCGGUGUCGGCGUCGGUCAGACGCUCAUCAUGGUGCUUAUUCUGGGCUUCUACUCGGCUGUUCUCUCGAUCUCGGUGCGAUACUUAAUCGAAUCGUUCUCCACCCCACUGCCAUGGGCCCGCUGUCUUAACGCUACUAACUGUGUCGACUCGGAGAAGCUGGAAAUCGUAUUUAACCCAACAUCAUCUCAUCGUCCAUCGGCGGAGUACUAUUUCGAUCAGAACAUAAUGCAUAGCAAUUCGACGAAGAUAACAGGAACUAUCGGUACGCCGGACUCGUAUCUCGCACUGUGUCUCCUCUUCUGCUGGAUCUGCAUCACGGUCAUCCUGAUCCGGGGUAUCCGAAGCUCCGGGAAAGCGGCCUACUUCCUCGCCAUCUUCCCAUACGUCAUCCUGCUGGUGCUGCUCAUACAAGUUUUCACUCUUCAAGGCGCUUGGGAUGGCAUAUUUUUCCUGCUAACACCUCAGUGGGAGAAACUACUAACAGUUCAGGUGUGGCAAGCAGCGGUAGCGCAGUGUUUCUUCUCGCUGACCAUCUCGCUGGGUGCGGUUAUCGUGUUUUCAUCGUACAACAACUUUUCCAACAACAUCUACCGCGAUGCAAUGAUCAUCUCUUGGCUUGAUACGUUCACCUCCCUUCUGUCGGGCGUCAUUGUGUUCGGCAUCGCAGGCAACAUUGCGCGCAUUACGAGCACUACAGUGGAAGAGCUGAGUAAAAAUAUGACAUUGGGUGGAGCUGGUCUCACCUUCGUCACAUAUCCGGAUGCGAUAGCAAAGUUGGAAGCCGGCCGGAACGUGUUCGCCGUGCUCUUUUUCCUGAUGUUUUUCCUGCUCGGACUCGGCAGCAAUACCGGCAUCGUGACGACGAUUGUGGCCGGUGUGAAGGAUCGCUAUCCCAAGCUCGCCGACUGGAAGGUGGUUGCAGUGGUCUCGAUCUUUGGGUUCUGCAGUGGACUGGUCUACAUCACUCCGGGAGGCUUAGAAGUUCUGGAUGUGGUCAAUGAUUUUGGCGUGGAAAUGACGGUGCUGACCCUGGUGCUCCUGGAAAUCGUCACCUUCUGCUGGAUGUACGGCGUGGAUCGCAUAUGCCACGACAUAAAGUUCAUGCUGGGCAUAUCGACCGGGAUCUUCUGGCGUAUCUGUUGGGGCUUCGUCACAUUCAUGAUGAUUUUUAUCAUCUGGAUCUUAAGCUUCACGCCCAAUGAAAAAACUAUCGAGAACCGCGCAAAACUUCCGUCCGAAUUAAUCACGUUUGGAUGGUGUUUAUUCGCGCUGGUCGUUGUACAAGUGCCGAUUUGGGCGAUUUAUGCUGUCUCGAAACGGACCGAAACUGGACUUGUGAACAAAAUCAUCGCCGCAAGUCGCCCAACACCGGACUGGGGUCCAGAGAGCCCCACGACACAAAUGCUGUACAAAACGGAUGUAAGGAAGCGAGCGGAAGAAAAGCGUGCCCGUGGAAACACCAUUGUCCACAACGUGAUCGAGACAUUGUGCCCGAGCUUCAGCAAAUGAUGUUCCGAAAUUCAAUUAGUGUUCUUUGGUUAAAGAUUCUACAAACAACUAAUGAAUAGUAAAUUAUAAAGAUGUGUUUUUUUUACAAAUAACACCAACGUAGAAUAGGAGUCACUAAAAACCUGUAGGUUUUGGUCGCUAAUAUUAAAAUAACGCCUACUAGCCAACUAUGAUUAAGAAAUUCUACAAAUGUAAGCUUUGAAAAAUGUAUUCAUUUUCAGUUCAAGCUAGCUCAAAAUUGUAAAGUUAUUGUAUUCAAUUUAGCAGCUUUCUGUAUUUU